GAUGCCAUCAGCCUUGGGGUUAGAUUUAUUUUUCAUGGGAUACUGACAAAUUAUUUUUAAUUCACUUGGCCUUUUCUAAUGUACCGAUUGAGAACAAGGUGGAACCUUCCUGAUGCGCCGGAAUAUUCCCGUGGAGCGAGAGAAGGCGCCAUUGGAGUCCACGCAAUAUUUCUCUGCGCCGGGACUGGACGAGGGGCGGGGCUAAAAUCCGCCGUGAAAAGCCGAGGCCGGGGAAAAGAGGAGUCGCGGGGGGAAAUCCCGACUCGAGGCGCACAGCGAGCCGGCGCAAAAGGCGAGGCGAGCGCAGGCGACUCACCACAGAACAAGUGUCCAAAAGGGGCUCGCGGCUGGAGUGGGCCUGCGCCGGGGCAAAGCACAGCAGCAGAUCUAUCGGAAGGCGGAGCCCGGCCAAUGGGCUGCCGCAGCUCUAGAUAACACAGUAAAUCCCGGCCGAGCCGAUGACGCGUGUGAAAACGGGCCAAGCGCAGUAAAAUCGAACUGGUGGUCAGGCCACCACCGACUCGCUCUGCUGCUCGUCGUCGUCAGACGCACCACUCGAACAUUCAUUUCACAAGCACUCCGCUCGUCCCGAUUAGGCCCAAGCCCAAGACCAGGCAGAGGCCCAAGCUCAAGCCCACCCACCCACCCACCCCUCGCGGCUUCGAGCACAGGCCCAAGCCCAAAGGAAAAGGAUUCCUUCGAGCCCCGACGACGACGCAGCGCUGCCCCCGCCCCGACAUUGCCGAUUAGUUCGUGGAUGCUGUAGGCAGGAAUUUCUGUGCAGAGGUUUUGGUUGCAGGGAGAGAGAGAGAGAGGGAGGGAGAGAGAGCAGGGAGCGAUGGAGGCGGUGAUGCUGCUGGGGACAGCAGGAGUGGGAGUGCUGGGGGGGAGUCGGGCGAUGCCGCAGAGAGUGCAGUGCGUGCAAAUUGCGCAAGCGAGGUGCUGCAAUGUGAGGCUGAGGGUGGUGGCAGCGUCGGCCACAGCGAGGGAGGCGACGGUGGACGUGGCUCUGGAGUCGGAGCUCGGGGUGAGCUACGAGCUGCUGAGGGAUAAGCUGGCGGCAGGGGAGUGGGAGGCGGCGGACGCGGAGACGAGGCGCUUGCUGUGCGUCAUGGCGGGCGAGGGCGCCGUGAAGCGCAAGUGGGUCUAUUUCUCGGAGGUGCAGUUCAUUCCGGAAGCGGACCUGAGGACGGUGGAUGGGCUAUGGAGGGCCUACAGCAACCAGAAAUUCGGUUACUCGGUGCAGAGGCGGGUAUGGAAGAGCGUGAACGAGAGCUGGACGGCUUUCUUCAAGAAGGUGGGCUGGACUCGGCAGCUGGGCGACUCACGCAACGACGCCUACAAGAAAUUCCCGCUCGAGUUCAUGUGGGACGUCGAGGACCCCACUCCUCGCGGGCACUUGCCCCUGACCAACGCCCUGCGCGGCACGCAAUUGAUCGAGAAGCUGCUCCUGCACCCGGCCUUCGCUUUCGCCGACGAGGACGAGAAGCUCAUGAUGCCCGAGGAGAUUGACAUGUCGUCCGAGGGCCUGAUGCAAAAUCUCAAGCCUAAGUCGCGGGUGCAACAAAAUUCGCCGCCCUCGGGCGACUCCCCGGCCAAGAAGGUGCUCCUCCCCGAGGACAUGUCCAUCGACUACGGCUUCUGACCGAUCUUUUUGUCCUCGCGCGGUCCCUUGUUAUCAUCGUAGGAGCUCAUUCUUGCCCCCCCUCCUGAAUGAUCAAUCUGUCAAUCAUUUAAAUUAAUCAUCAGGUGGUUCGUUUUGGAGGUUUUCUUGCUGUUCUGCACCCAACCGCCCGACUCCUCGCGGCCUUGCCAUGGCUGCGCGAGCCGCCAUGUCAUGUCUAGAGUAGAAUGGGCCACGCACUCUCGUUUCUUCCGCAGAGGUGCUCAGUGUAUGUCGACGGUCGGUCGGUUGUGUGUUCGGCAACCCAUAGAUUCUGAUCCUCUAGUAUUAGUACCCAUCCUGUAAAUCUAGUUCGUUGGGGAUCCCUAGCUUUCGCGUCGCUCUGACACAAACACAAGCGCACAUUUCUGUGCCGGUUUAGGCUCGUGGUGGGGAGAAGCUUAUGGAUGGAACUGGCCAUGGCCGGCUGGUAGCUGGCUCCUCUCUUUCACAGUCCCUGCACUCCUCUGCCCACCGGAGACCAGAGCACACUGGUGCCUAGACCGAGAAAGUAGUUAAGAAUGCCCUCUCGGCCACAGUCAAAUGUACUUAUGUAUUUCCGUUCCGAAAAGAAAUCCUGUGGGUAUCAACUUUGAUCUCAGCUGGCUUAUCUCGAAGCCCGUUUUUGCAUGUGCGUUCCUGACUUCGAUGUCUCUUCUCCGAUUCCGAAUUGAAGUCUCUGUCAGUCUUGCCUGGAUCCUGUCCAAUUGUUAAUCUGGUUGAUAUUCUUUGCCGCAUUCUUCUUCUCGCCAGCGACUGGAGUGAUCCAAAAGCUUUUUGAUCUUCGGGAUUUACAGAGCUCCACUGGCUGUGACUACUGCCGGGGAGAUCUCUUGCUCCUGCAUUUGCAAUUGCAUCUGUUAGUGCAGUUCCUCGGGGUCUUCGAUAAACUUCUAGCAAACUUGGCAACCUCCGCGGAGAUGGUCUGGCCAGUCGUCACCUGCCGGGGUCUUGAAUUGGAUUUGGUCUUACUCGAUUAGCAAAGGAUGCCGAGGAUCCUCAAUGCUGCAGGUCCUUUCCGAGCAGUCAAUUGUUCCGUGUGCCUCACUUCUGUCGCUUCACCCCCUCAGUUUGUUCCGAAGCAGAAAUCGAUCUUCAGCAUCCUGCUGUUGUUGCCAAUGCUGCUGAAUCAAAAUUCUGCUUCUGUUGGGCUUCUGUUGUUCCGACCUCGUGUCGGGAGACGGUAAAAGACUCGAGGUGAGCAACCUUUGGGAGUGUUGGUCCUCUCACCCUUGAAGUCCUGACUCGGAAAGGAUGUCUGUUAGUCUGUCAGUCAGGCAGCGUGGCUGUUCAGCUGAUCGCCAGCCAUCGCUGUGCAGUCUCGGAUCGAAAUUUCGUGGGAGUUUCAAGCGCUUGUGAAGAUGUGGAGGUCAUUGUCUACCACAAGUCAUGACUUAUCUCUAAUAACCAUCGAAGGCACACAUUCAGUGUGCCUGUCCCCUCGACUGCUGACGGCCUUAUGAAGUGCAUUUCCGCCAGAGGGCACUCACAGUCACACAGUCAGAACAUGACUGCAACAUGUGCAUCCUCCCUCAUGCACGCAAGAGGCCCUGAUUGCAACUGACAUCUCUUUCGUCUCGUUGCCUGCCUGUGCGACGUAGGCGCUUAGCCGUCUACCGAGUUUUCUAUCUAGUU